ACCGCGUCGUGCCAGCCGGAGCGUGAAAAACAUCGGAGCGGCUGGCGCCCGCCGCGAUAUUGCAGUGGCAGCGUCAGCGCUCCCCUCGCUCCUCGAGGACGUGGCGCUGUGCCCUCCGAGGAAACUCGCCGUGUGAAAGUAGCCGUGCACAAAUCGGGGGCUCGCUGGCACCUUCUGGCCGACGGCCGUGGCUGCUGUUUUGUCUUAGCUGCGUUUCUCCUGGACUUCCAAGGGGAAGGCGCGCAAAGGUGGGGGCGCGCUGGCGCGGCAACUCAGCGCGCUGCCCUAAUGGCGUCCGCUCGACUUCACCCCGCACCGCCAGCGUUUGUCGCACCUGACGGAGGAGGCGGCGGUGGCGUCAGCGGAGCGGCAACGACUGCUGCCGCGGCCGCCGCUGCGGCGGCCGCGGCAUUCCUCGACCUGUCGAGCCACGUGGAGCUCGCCUCGUACCACGACUUCCGGCUCUCCGAGCUGCGCGCCGCCGGUGCGGCAGCCGCGGCGGCGCACGGCUUCGGCGGGCCCUUGGCGCCGUACGCGUUCGAAGCCGGCAGCGGCGGUCCGCCGCCGGACGCCUUCUCGCCCCUAGCCUGGGAAGGCCUGGGCGCGCCUUCGGCGGCCGCGGGUGCCUACCAGUCGGCGUUCGAGUUCGGGCCCUUCGGUAUCGGCGGACACCACUCGGCGGGAGGAGGCGCCGGCGUGUCGGCCCCUUCGUCGGGGUCUCGCUUCCCGGCCAUGACGGUGCAGGGCAAGAGGUCACCCGCGGGGGCUGCCCAGCAGAACGGCUUCGCGUGCCCGCCGCACGGCGGCAGCGGGAAGAGCAAGCCGCGGCGCCGGGUGGCCACCGUGGCUCAGCGCAGGGCGGCCAACAUCCGAGAGCGACGCCGCAUGUUCAACCUCAACAGCGCCUUCGACAAGCUGCGCAAGAAGGUACCGACGUUCGCAUACGAGAAGCGGCUGUCCCGCAUCGAGACGCUCCGCCUAGCCAUCAUGUACAUCGCCUUCAUGACCGAGGUCGUGGGCUGCUCCAAGGACGACGCCGAGCCGUGCGCGGAGGACGCAUUAGUUGCACCAGCUGGCACCGGUAGCGUCGCCGGCUUCCCUCCGCACCACCACCAUCACCACCACCAUCACCACCAACUCACCGGGGAUGUGCCGCUGGAAGACGCGGCACUCUGGGGCCCGGGGCGGCCGCUGGCUGGAGCCGCGGGCGCCGAUGCCCUGGGCCAUUUGUGCCCAUCCUCGAGGCAAGUGUGACCCCUGACGCUGCUGGAGCCGGCUGCCUACGUGUUUCCCAGGUGAACGCAGACAGCCUCGGUGGCCAGCAGCGGUGGCGUGAGCGAGGCCGAAAGACACACUGCAGGGACGGUGUUGGUUGCGUGUCACGUGUUGCGAUAGUGUCGUGACGCCACGGGCACCACCGUGUGCCAGAAAAAAAUAAGAAGCUCUCCACUGGCAAUGUUCGUCAAUAUGUGCCGGCGCCGCCGACUGUGUGAUACGAAAUUCUGCGUUAGAGACAGUCGUGCGCCUAGGACACAUUGAAUGAAGUGGUCCUUGGAGCAAGAAUUUAUACAAGCCACAGUGACCCCGUGGUGAGGACGUUGACUGCAUGCUUUGUACGCCAGUGGUUGUUUGCUGCAAGCCUCAAUUUGUCACGUCAAAAGUCUGAUGGCGAUACCAGCGCAGUUUAGCGCAUCUUAUGCUAAUAGACUGAUAAAUUGAAGCGGCCCUUGUGAGCGGCAGCUGAAUACCGAUAGCAUGUAAACUAAACGUGCAAUUUUGCUAGUCACUUCGUUCAUAAAGAGAGUUAUAUAUUAUUGCCUGAUAUUCAGAGAAAUCUUGCAAUCAUUACCAGCGCAAGUUUACCGUAACGACAACGUUGUCACAUGGUGGCUCAGUGACUGGAAUUAUUAAGUACGUCUAAGACAAUUACGCUUUGAUUUUAAGGGCCCUGCGAAGAAGUUAUACCACUGAGAAUCUCGACGAGAAAACUUGAUGCUACCACCCAUUCUAUUUAUUUCUUUCUUCGCGACGCUUUGGGCAUGUUUGAGACGACAUAAGCUUGUGAAACUACACGAGGUAUAGCGGUCACAGGUCCAGGCUUAACUGCUGAGUUAAAAUGAGUCUUAAAGCGCCCCUCACCAGGCCCCAUAGCAAAUUUCGGUUAUGCGCUGGAAGUUGUUACGUCUCUUCUAGAGAGCGUUCUACCGCGAAAAUGUUUCAAAUCGGCUCAUUAAAAGCCGAGAUGUAAAUAUUCCAGUGUCGUGAACCGGAGGCGAGCUUCACCGCAAACCUAAACGCUCUCUGCACUUGCCCGUCUAGCCUCUGCAAUCGAAAUUCCUUCCCUGCGUUCUGCAAUCGUGGAGUUACGUCACGGGCCCCGCCUUCAUUUCUUUCUCUUCGCUUUUUUGCGGCGCGGCACACUUCUGCUGACGGCGUCGCGUGCGAGCUGUUGUUGUUGUCUCGUUUCGCGCAGCGCAUGAUUUUGUGCGCUUUGCACCAGGACACCAGACUAUCGGUAUAAGUCUACACUACACGAAUAAUGAGGCAGACAGAAGCGGUUUACAGAGCAUGAUCCCGCGCUGGAAUACGGUAGAAAAGGACAUAGUUUGGGUGUCUGCGCGCGCGACUGCACGACGUGGGAACAAGCAGACGAAACGCAAGUGCAUCUUUCUUGUUGCGGCGCGAAGUAAAACAAAAGCAUGCAGACAUUCGGUUUCUGUGUUUUAUUUUUUCUCUGAGCCUUAAUUCGUCUAUUUUAGCAACAUCUUACACAAAUAAGAGAUGUUGCCUUUAAUAAUUCUAGAAUUCACGUGUCACUGCGAGCGACGUCGCAGCACAAACACGCGUACUAGGCGCACUAUCACAUGUACGUCAUCCUCCGGCUUGGAGCGUGGCGGCCGCGAGGGGAGGGGAAACGGCGUUCAGUUUGAAAUUUCAGAUCUUUCCGCUGCGCGUAGCGAUGUAAUACUUUGCACACACGAUCCUUAUCGCGCAUACAAUCUGCGCUUGUCAGCUCAAAAUGGCCAGACCUGGUGAGGGGCCCUUUAAAAGCACCUAUAAAUUUUUACACGCGCUGUAACGAAGGCCUUGUAUACACGGCGAAAGAUCAGGCGUUUUUGAUUCGGCUCAUGAUGUCGCAUCUCACGUCACGUCUUUCGCGGAGUAGGUGACUGCGCAGGAGCUUAACAUGGCUUCGCCACUACAGGAAAUCGCAUUCGCAUAGAAGGCUGCUGUGCUUACAGAUGCGCCAGCCUUCAUGUCACCUUGCUUUAUAGAGGACCAACGAGUGCAAUCCGAUGUGCUCUACGAACAGCGAAUAAAAAAGAAAUUGUACACUAUCGAGAAGAAACAUUCGGAUAGCAGCCAUCGCAGAAUUACUGUCGGCGUUAAUGUGAUUAGCAUAGAAGCAAUGCAGUGACUCUCCGCUUCGCCACUGCCGAAACGCGUCCUCUGCGAGGCGUGGGCUGCAGCUCCGCUUGUCUCUGAACACGCUGUGCGGUCCGGCGAUGCUGCCGCACAUCCGCACCGGGCGCGCGUCUGAAUCACGACGUACUGGUCCGAACGUACGUAUAAUCAGACAAGGAUGUCGGAAUAUACGAGACGCGCGUUCCAUUUCGCACAGCACAUGAGUAAUUCUAAAGGAUUCGUUUGGCAAUAAAGAGUGGCCUGUACCCAUUGGCACAUAUCUAUUAACCCAAAUUGGCGCCAAAGAGACAACCAGAGGCACCCAGUGGCCCAUAGGCAGCGAACCAAGUUGGCGUGAAACGAGCGCAUUUAGAUGCAGGCACUGAUACUGAGGAGCGUGGCAAGUAGUCUAAGAAUGCUAAUCGCAUUGAAAACCAGUGAAAGUGGGCUCGUGUUGCUUUACGUUAAUUUCGCACUAAUUUUCCGUCAACGUUGGUGACUCGAGCUCCAUCAUGGUACGAUCAAUAAAAACUGGAUGAGCUUUCAAACAUAGUGUUUCGUAGUUACGCGCAAGAUAGAACCCACAGUGCUAAGCUUUCAUCUGAACCUAAGUUAUGUGUUUGCAUUCUGCCAAGUGUUUACUACUGAACUGAACAUAAGAAAUAUGCGUCGUGUGAACAACUUCGACGAAGCAACCCUUGCUUGUGAGCGUAAAAUUUCAGCAGAGCUUUACAAUAAGCGGUGAACAAUACCUAAGACAGUUGGCGCAUUACGUAAGUCAUGUGACCCCAUCGUAGCACAAUGUGUCGGAAGAUCACUUGACUUUGUUGAACUAGGCGAAAUGUUGUGAACGAAUAAUUGACUGUUAAACGAGCCAUAUUGCCUUCUCAAUUCACCGAAACUUAUCCAGGAAUUGAUGACGUCUGGCUUUAGCAGUGGUUCCUUUUUGUGUGAGUCUUUAGUGUGGGGCUGUUGGCGAUGUGUACAGCGCAUUUUUGGGCAAUAAUAAGCUACUAGUCCGAACACAUAUGCUGCGAGCGCUCGCCCAUAAGCUAUCCACGCUGAUAGCACUGCGAGUGGUUGACCAGAAAUGUGUGCAUUUAUUCAUAAAGACUACAUAACCUGAAACCCAGUGAAUUGUUUUUUAAAACCAUUUCUUGUGUACAGCGAACCAGAUCUUCUUUCGAGGCUGCUUACUAGGCUACUUACUUUUUGACAGCAGCUUUCUGACUGCAAAAUGUUUAUUGUCAUAGCUGCGGGAUUCAGCAAAAUUAUUCCUGUCGAUAUAUUUUUUUUUCUUUUUUGCUGUAACCGCAGAUAAUGAUGCAACCUAACUCACCAAUUUGACAGUGAACGGGUGUGUAAAACUAUCACGGUUUACCGAAGAGAAUGGGAAUCAAAUCGAAAAACAAUAAAUGACAUUGAAUUGG